AUGGGAUCCAUUCAAUCGUGUGACACUAGUCAACCAAAUGAAUCAGAACCAAGUACAAGUCUCGGUCCUCCACCACCACCACUUUCUGACCAAUCGGUGGAGCAACUCAUCAAAUAUAUCGAAAAACAGUUGGAGAGAAAAAAACAUGUUGACUUCCUGGAGUUGGCUGAGAAAUUGAAACCAAGAAUGAAUUCGUUUCUGGUCCCGUUAGGUGAUGAGCAUUGUUCAGCAUUCAAGAAAGUCGAGCAAAGGCAAAGUGCUCCAGAUCCACAACCACAAAGUCUUCUCAUGUUCAAACCAUUCACACUAGCGGAUAACCCAGAAAACCUUCAGAGACCCAUAACCAUUGUUUCGCAAUCGGUUGAGCAGAUGGACGCUCCACCCAAACUAACUGCCGAAGUUCUGAAAGAGGUUGACAACUUCACCUCAUCGACCCAGAGUGAAAUCCCCGGAUGCUCAGACUCAGCCAUGCCAAAACUUGUUGCCAUGGUCAAUAAAUUCAAUUUCAAUUUCAAUCGUAUCAACAGCUCGGAGUCUUUUGUUACCACUCCAAAUGGAAAAAUGGUAGUUCCAAACUCUAUGAUCAGUAAGUCCCCUAUGCGGAACUUUCCUAGUCAAUUUUUAGGAUCUGAAAUGAAACGUUGUCAAGCUUCUUCUCCGGACGCAUUCAAAUUCUUGUAUCCAAGUGAAGAAAACGAGAAGAAAGUUGAGCAUCUUGAGAAGAAAGUUGAAGACCUCGAGAAGUUAUUGGAAGAGGAGAAACUGAAGCAAGUUGGGAUACUGGAGAGAACCAAUGCGUGGCAUGCACACAACUGUACUUAUGAGUGGUUUUGGGGAAGAGAGCUUGCUCGGAUGUACCAUAAAUAUAAACAUUUUGAGAAGGUGGCGAAAACUUUGAUGGAAAAACAACAGCUAGGAGAAAGUAGUGGAGAAAUGCCUCGUGAUUUGCUCAAAGCACCUUCCCCAAUCAUCCCACUACCCCCAAUGCGUCCACCUGACUUGUAUGCCACCGAGACUAUACCACCUCCAGUUACUCUCGUUGAGGAAAACUUCCUCAGAGCACAUUAUGACGCUCGUGCUAAAAUCAAGAAAGAUCACGGACACCCAGAAAAACUUGACCCCAAAUCAGACGCAUACAAGGAACUUUUGGCGAAAGCAAUUGAGAACUGCGCUACUUGCUCACUGUAUAAAGAUCCUAAAUUAAAGAUCCGUACUGCUUUGUUCAGUGCAAUUAGCACUGAGGAAAUGCCACAACUUGUCAAAAAUCCGCCAGGCGCCUACUUGUUGUACAGAAAAUGGAGGGAUACGAAUAACGGAUGGCUCACUAACCUGGAUAUCUCUAAAGACUGGACAGCAAUUCGAACCGCCAAAGGACCAGAGUUCUGGGAAUGGAGAAACAGGGCUAACACAUUGUAUGAUGAACAUGUGGACCAGUUGGUUAAGGGAUACAUAAGAGUUGAAGAACGGAGAGGAAGACGGAGAAAGAGAUCGAUGUGGGAUACCAAGAGACGAACCAAGAAAUCGAAUGAUGCAAGUAGCGGUGGGAAGAAGAAAGCAGUGGUGGGAAGUGAAGAAGCUUCAGAACCGAUUGAGAUUGAUUCCUAA